GGUAGCAAUGGUGGUCAUAACUCCAAUAGUACUGGGAAUAACUCGUCCGGAGGCGGAAACAAGGGCUUCCGACCGGAAGACGCCAUACAAACAUUUGGAGCCAAGUUAUUACCGUAUGAACAAAGUGAAAUUUUCAACUACGUCCGCGUUUUCUUCGUCGGUUCACAAGCGAAAAAACGUGGUGGAGUCAUUGGAGGACCGAAUAACUGCGGGUACGAUGAUGAAAAUGGCAGUUAUCAAUUGGUAGCUCACGAUCAUAUAGCAUAUCGAUAUGAAAUCCUCAAAGUCAUUGGGAAAGGCUCAUUUGGCCAGGUCUGCUCUGCGCUUGGCAGUAGAUGUUUUCCUCCUCGUCGCGUUUUCCGUUCGCGUGCCAGCUUUGGCUGCUUGUUGCUUGCCGUACAUUCGACAGCGUUGAUUAUGUUAUGGUGUGUCACCAUGGCGAAGAAUCGAUUUGCUGGGCCUUCUGAGGAGGUUGGGGCCUCUGUGGGCCUCUGUACUGGGCGUGUAAAUGGCACUUGCUCCAUAGAACUGUUCCCAAUUAUCAUUCGUUUGAGGACAGAGCUAGUUAGCGUCGGCAAACUGCACUUAGUGCGUUCUAACCGACGUAUCAAUUUGUUUGCCCAGUGA